AUGUACAUUCGCAUCCUUCUUGAAGGCAGGCCUCGCCCGGCUUACAAGUCUCGUACGGCUUUCCAGGUAUAUCAAGUAAUACGGCAGAUACCAGCUCAGCGUGUCACAACGUACGCAGGACACAUCGCAAAGCUAGUCGGGAUGCCUGCUUACUCGAGACAUGUGGGACAGGCGCUGAAGUUCCUGUCUCCCGAUGUAAACCCUCCAAUCCCUUGGUACCGCGUUGUCUCGUCAACCGGCGCAAUAUCAUCCCGUGGACCUGGGACCGACGGUGCGACGCGCCAACGAGAUAGCCUCCUCGCAGAGGGCGUCGACGUCACCACCACUCGCGGCGGUGAUUUCAAAGUCGACCUCAAGACGUAUGGCUGGUUCCCCGCCGUUGGCUCGGUUGACUUGGGCGACUACGCAGAUCAAUCUGGGUCUGAGGACGAAGAUGGGGAACCAGAGGACGGGGAAGAAUCAUGA